CGAAUGAUCCGCGGAAUUCAAAAUUUCAAAACAAUCCGUAGGUCGGUAUUUUUGCAAGUGCGUGUUGUUUACUUUGAGCUGGCUGGCUGUCACAGACACAACCUUCAUUUGAAGCAGUUAAAUCAUGGACGCGGAUGAAAAGCACCGCUCGUGUGCCAAUGAAAAAUCCGUGGAUCAUCACCCUAAACCGCCGUCCAUCAACGAUUUCAUCGUGUUGAAGCCUAUCAGCCGCGGGGCUUUUGGCAAGGUCUACCUUGCACGGAAGAAGUGCAACGCACGCUUAUAUGCCAUUAAGGCGAUGAAGAAAGCAGAUAUGAUUGAUAAAAACAUGACGAACCAGAUGAAGGCUGAGAGAGAUGCCCUCGCUUUGAGUAAAAGUCCCUUCGUGGUUCACCUUUUUUACUCAUUACAGACAGCUACCAAAAUAUAUCUGGUAAUGGAAUACCUAAUCGGUGGAGAUGUCAAGUCUCUCCUUCACAUCUAUGGCUAUUUUGACCAGGACAUGGCCGUAAAAUACAUCUCGGAGGUCGCACUGGCUUUGGACUAUCUCCACCGUCAUGGUAUAAUCCACAGAGAUCUGAAGCCAGACAACAUGCUUAUAUCCAACGAAGGUCACAUCAAACUAACAGACUUUGGCCUUUCUAAAGUCAAGCUUGACAGAGAGCUGAGUCUUAUGGAUAUCCUUACCACCCCAUCUUUGGCUAAACCAAAGAAGGACUACUCCCGCACCCCAGGUCAAGUCCUGUCUUUAAUCAGCUCCCUUGGAUUUAACACACCGGCAGCAGAAGGCAAGCGUCACUGCAGCGCAUCUGUUGUGUCCAGACCCAUGUCGUGCGACAAAAUAAAACCGAGGAAUAAAUCUCUCGAAUCUCCUGUGAUGAAGAAAAAAGAUCAGCUGUCUUCACCUGCCCGUUGGAAACUAGGCCCAAAGAGUGUGUUUAGUCCUCACAAUCUGACAAAAAAUCUGACGCCCACAUUGAUGAAGACCAGUAAGAGAUUUGAGACGAUGAGUGCAGGCAGCACCACUGACACCGAGGGUGGCACCAGUCCACUGUGGGAGUGUGAGGAGAAAGAGAACGAACACAUGAAUGACCAGAGGGGAAGAGGGCAGUCUGAGUCCAAGGAUCCCAAACAAGACUCUGCACUCACAAAACUGAACACCUUUUGCUUCUCUGAUAAGGCUUCUAGCAGUCUGUCAGAAAAGUUGAAUCAAGACCAUCUUGCAGAAAAUGUGUCCCAUAUGAACAAGCUGGAGUCUUUCUCCACAGCUCAGAAGGAUGUUUGUCAGUUGGCAGUUUCAGCAGUUCCCUCAUCUGUGAAGAGAACAUUUUCAGAUGUAGAAAGAAGUCCAGAGACACCGGAGAUCCGAGCCAAAAAGAGAAACACAGACUACAAGAGGUUCUACGAGAUUCCAGAAGAGACUAAGAGGUUUCACACUGGCUUGACUGGAACAUUUUCCACCAUCAAAAUAGGCGACUCUAUGGCCUCCGCUGGGGUGAUUGUGGCAGCUGAAGAGCGGGUGCCGAAGCGCUCCAGUCCCAUUGCUGUAGCCAAAAGUCUGUUUUGUGAACUGGAGGAUCCCGUGGAGGAUGUGUUUGAAGAUGGAGCCAGAGACCUGUCGCACACAAGUUUCACAUCACCAAUUCCUGGGACAAGUGACAUUUGCAGGAACUUGAGCAUGAACUCUGAUGGUUCUAUGCAUGAAACGUCUUUCACUAUGGAAAGCCAUGCAUCCCCCCAGCCAACUGGGCCUUCCAAACACAGGAAUUCAUCAUCACUAGAGGAAGAAAAGGGAAGUAAAGACUCCUUCUAUACUGCAUUGCUACCACAGACCCCUAUUUUCACAGUUGAAACACCUAAACUUGGUCAUUUUUCAGAGAGAGAUGAAUCUUAUUGUUCCUCUGUGAGCCGGCUCCCUGAUCUUGCUUGCGGUGAAACACAAUCCCCAUUAUUCCUCAAGCCACGAAAUGUCGUGGCUUUCCGUAGUUAUUGUAGCUCCAUUAAUCGUUCCAACGUGUCUGGGGUGUCCCGACUUAGCAUCGGAUCUGUAGAGGUUAUGGACCUGUCCACAACAACUUCUUAUUACCCUGCAUCUGGAGCUGCAACGCCGGUGCAGAAAAGACCCAGCUCCAGUGGUUCUCUCUAUCAGACUCCUCAGCCCAUGUCGACCUCCCAUACCCCUUACAGGACUCCAAAGAGUGUCCGGAGGGGAGCGCUGCCUGUUGAGGGUGGACCCAUUUUAGGAACCCCUGACUAUUUGGCUCCAGAGCUUCUUCUGGGAAAACCACAUGUUUCAGGAAGUGGUCAGUGUGACUGCAUGGUGGACUGGUGGGCGCUUGGUGUGUGUCUUUUCGAGUUCCUCACAGGCGUGCCGCCUUUCAAUGACGAGACGCCUCAGCUGGUCUUCCAGAAUAUUCUCAACAGAGACAUACCCUGGCCUGAGGGAGAGGAGGAGUUAUCUGUAGAUUCGAGGAAUGCCAUUGAAAUCCUCCUGACCAUGGAUGUGACAAAGCGUGCUGGCCUAAAAGAACUGAAGUGCCACCCCCUGUUUGACGGCCUGUACUGGGACAACCUGCAGAACCAGCCGAUGCCUUUCAUACCUCAGCCAGAGGACGAAACUGACACCUCUUACUUCGAUGCGAGAAACAAUGCUCAGCACAUUGCCGUGUCUGGCUUCAGUCUAUAGAAGUUUCUUUCUUGGUCGAAUUGUUGACGUGAGAACGCUUUUAAAGUUACCUUGCUUUCAAAAUCAGACCCAUUAGGCAAGUAAAUACAUGCAUGCUGAUGGCUUCUCUGUUCACUGUUGUAAUACUGUUUAAAAAAGAACAUUUUAUACUUGUGCAAUCAAAGGUCAUAAGAGCUAGAUAGCUGCAAGAAAUUUAUUUUUAAAGUUACCACUACUGCAUUAGGUUCCCUUAUAUUUCUCUGUAAGGGUAUAAUACUGUUGAAGAAAAGCAUUCUAAUAUAUUCAUAAAUGUCUUAUAUACUGUAUCUAAAUUUUGUGGAUAACAUUGUUUCAAGAUGAGUGUUACUUUAUAUUCCAGUGGGAGUGUUAUUUUAUGUAAUGUUUCAUUCUUCCACACUACUAGUUCAUUCUUGCUACAUGUAAAAUGUUAUCUUAAUUCUGAGAAAAGAAAAUG